AUGCAGCACUACCCCGUCGACGAUCCCUACGAAAGGGAACCUCUGGGAUCCUACGGUGGCCAACCUGACGGCCCCGGUCGUCACGCCGCCGUGCCGUACGACGGAUACCCCCAGUCGGCGUCGCCCUACUACGAUGAUGCCUCGUCGCGGAACCAGGCCCCGUACCACCCAGGCGGCUCGCGAGGCCCCCAAGACUACCCUCGACCUUCAAACACACCCGCGCGAGGUCUGCCGAACAACGGCCAGGCGCCUCUACCGCCGCCGCACGGCGACCACGGCUACUACGGCAACGGUAGAGGCCGGCCACCCCAGGACGGCCCCUCGUCGUACGGCCAACCCGCCGCCGCCGGAGGCAUGGCCGCCAUAGCCUAUUCCGUCGCCGACCGGUCCGAUCUCGAGGUCAUGCACCCCGGACACAUCCCCCCUCCCCCCUCGCGGACCCAGCAGCUCGCUCCGAGGGGACAGUACAUGCCGUACAACGGCGGCGGCGGCGGCGGCGGCGGCGGCUACCCGUACGACCCCAACCAACCUCGCGGCCCCGACCAGGAUUCGCACUCGAGCCUCAACCCCUUCGGCACUCCCCUGGGCACCGGCUCCGGCACUCACUCCCCGGCACGGAGCGUGCGCAGCCUGGGCUUCAACGAUUCGUACGCCGAUGACCCGUACCAGCAAUCCGCCAGACCCCAGCACAACCACACGCUGGGCGUGGUGAAUCCCAACGAAAUCGACGACGACGGAGACGACGGCAUCCAAUACGCAACUCGCCCGCAGCGAGCCGCGUCCCCGAGCUCCCACUCGAACCGAGGAGUUCCCGCCUCCAUCGGUCCCGCCGCCGCCGUGGGCGGUGCGGCCGCGGCGGGAGGGGCGGCCGGCCUCAUGAGCAGCAGAGGCGGCAGCGGUGGCCGUGUUUACGACGCCGGCGCCCAGCGAGACGGGGAAAAGCCGUCGGCCUGGAUGGCCGAGGAGAAGGGCCGCAGCAAGAAGUGGAAGUGGAUCAUCAUCAUCGUCGUCAUCCUCGCCGUCGUCGGCGGCAUCGUCGGCGGCGUCCUCGGUGCCGUCGUCGGCGGCAACAAGAAGGAUGCCGCCGGAGGGGGUAAUUCCGGCGAGUCGGCGGCCGAUGACACCAAGAAGAACGGCGAUCUCGACAUCAACAGCUCCGAGAUCAAGGAGCUCAUGAACAACCCGGCGCUGCACAAGGUCUUCCCCGGCAUGGACUACACGCCCCUCAACACGCAGUACCCCGACUGCCUGGAGAACCCGCCGUCGCAGAACAACGUCACGCGCGACGUGGCCAUCCUGAGCCAGCUGACCAACAAGAUUCGCCUCUACGGCACCGACUGCAACCAGACGCAGAUGCUCAUCCACGCCGUCAACCAGCUCAAGCUGACCGACCAAGUCAAGAUCUGGCUCGGCGUCUGGCAGGACGGCAACGCGACGACCAACAGCCGCCAGCUGGCCCAGAUGUGGGACAUCCUCGACGAGUACGGCGAGAAGCCGUUCGAGGGCGUCAUCGUCGCCAACGAAAUCCUCUUCCGCGAGGAGAUGACCAUCACCACCCUCGGCCAGGUCCUCGACAAGGUGCGGACCAACCUCACGGCCAAGAAGAUCAACCUCCCCGUCGCCACGUCGGACCUGGGCGACGACUGGACCAAGGAGCUCGGCGACGACAGCGACUACAUCAUGGCCAACAUCCACCCCUUCUUCGCCGGCGUCGCGGCCGACAAGGCUGCCAGCUGGACCUGGAGCUUCUGGAAGAACAAGGACGGCCCGUUUUGGAAGUCGGACAAGCAGAAGAACGUCAUCUCGGAGACGGGAUGGCCGAGCGGCGGAGGCAAGAGCUGCGGCAGCGACCAGACGACGUCGUGCUCGCCCGGUUCCGUUGCCGGCAUCGACGAGAUGAACCAGUUCAUGGCGGACUGGGUGUGUGCGGCGCUCGACAACGGCACAAACUACUUUUGGUUCGAGGCCUUUGACGAGCCGUGGAAGGUCCGUUUCAACACCAAGGGCAAGGAAUGGGAGGACAAAUGGGGCCUCAUGGACACGAGCCGGAGACUCAAGGACGGCAUCAAAAUCCCCGACUGCGGCGGCAAGACGGUCUCUUGA